GUUCAGAGCCAAUCAAGUCAUUGUUGUCCACGCGUUGUUAUGGAGUUGGUGGGGUCUGGUUUAAAUCACAAAAUGAUCUGAAACGUUCGCUGUUUAAUUCAUCCUCGGUUACAUAAACGUGAUUUCAACGUGGUAUAAAUUUAAAUAAUGUCCUCGACGGACCGGCUGGACGUUUUACGAGGGCGUAACAAAGAUUUAUUGAACCAGUUGAAGCAGCAGAGAGAGAAACUGGAGCGGCUGACCGGCUGCAGUCACAGCCGCAAGAGGGAGAGAGAGGACGAGGACGAGGCUGAGGAGAGGAGAGACCCUGCAGAGGUCCUGACCCUGACCGAUGGAGACCGCGGGGCUGCCAGGGCUGCCCUCGCUAAACCUACCGUGAGAUUUGCGGAUACAUGUGAGGGACAAACUAUUUCAACAUCAUCUUUGACCUCCAAACACACAGGAGGGACUGCUGAACAUACAGCCAGCACCAAGUCCUGUCUAGCAAAUCACAGCAAAGAAGAGAGGGCGGUGCGGCGUCGAGUCACAUUUCAGUCUGAUGAAUGCGAAGAGAUAUCUGCCUCAGACAGGCUUCAUUUGCAGCCUUUACUGGGGUAUGACUGGAUAGCAGGAGUCCUGGACGCUGAGGACUCCUUAAUAGAGCGCUCUGACGAGUUCUUCAAUGACCUGCGCAUGUUUCGGUCACUCAAUAAAGACGAGUGUGUCCACAGCCCACAGCCAGAAUUUUCUGAGGAGAACCAUUCAGUCCUGCCGCUGCUAACAGACAAGGACGGUCAGGAGGCUAACAUGGAUACUCAUCAGUGUACAUUCUCUUACAGGAUUAACAGCAGACUGUUCCCCGUUCCACUUCACUCUCAGGAGUGCUGCCCGGUGUGCAAAAAGCACAAAUCCUCCCACUCUCACACUACUGCUGAACCAGCUCUCAUCAGGGUCAGCAUUCCUCGCUCCACCCUCUUGCCACCUUACAAGUACAAAGCUCAUCGGCGAUGCAGUUUUGACCCUUCUGAUAGUUUGGGGUUACCGUCGCACUGUCUCUCAGGCUGGUCGAACACAGGUCAGAGCACGCUGCCGCCACCCAGCAGCCUCGAUCUGCGGAGCAGUCUGAAUACGAAGAGCUCCACUGGGUCACAGAACAAGGAACUGGAGGGUCUCUCUGCGCCCAAAAAGUCCAGUAACCAGAUCUCUGACCAGAUAUCGGAUGUGUCUCGCUUGACUCGUCACAACUUCCAACACUUCUCUCCCAAAAGAAAACUAGGAAGUAUAUCUUACCCUUUGCACUGACAAACCAUCAAAGAGUAUUUUUAAGUGAUUAUAGCAGUUCCCAUUUGAUGCUUCCAAGAAUUAUUUCCUUUUUUUAUGCUCAUGUUUUAAGUAUCUGUAUUGUAUUUUUUGUAAAUGUUUUAUUUCAGUAGUGCUUUUCUCUAAUAUCUCUACUAAAUGUGAAUGCUAAAAGUUGAUUUUCCAAUAUAAAACUAACAAUGAUCUAAUUAGAGAAUGCCAAGAGUGCAUCAACAUUUGUAAGUGAUGUUAAAUAGAUUUAUUUGAAACAUGAGAUAAUUUCUUUUCAACAAUGUAAUGAGUCAGAGAGUGAAAUGCUACAUGGUAAGCUGUUUAUUUAUUUAUACAUAAUGUGAUUAAAAACAUGCUAGUUUAAUGAAAUGGGAAUAAUUUACAUGACCGAGCAGCAUAUUUGUUCUCAUCUGAAUUAAAGUUGAGACACAUUUAGACUCCACAUGUGACAGCCUCGUGAACGUGAAACGAGAGAUCCUGACAUUACGCCACAUUGGAAAGGAAAGACCUUUAACUCAUGCUGAUUGCUUUAGAAACACAUAGCUUAGGUUAAAUUGGGCUUGUUUUGUAAAUUUCACAACAUUAAGAAAAUCAUUUUGAGUCAUCUCUGUUGCUCAGACACUGGCUCAUGUUUCCCUUUCUAGCUGUUUGCUUUGGCAUGCAUGUUCAGGCAUACUUCUGUAAUUAACUUCCUUUGGCACUUCCUUACUGUGGGCCUGAAAACACUGUAGACGCAAAGGCUGAGGCUGAUGUACUUUACAGAGGUUGCAAUUCACAGGAAACCACAACCACCUUACUUAAUGUCAACUACAGUAGCGAUCCCACCCAUGACACUUUAGUUUUUCCAGUUCGUGUCUUGCAGGCUAAUGUAUUUGAAGAAGUUGGACUGUAUACACAAAAUGUAUCAGGGUGCAUACAGUGAAAGUAACAAAAAUGACCCACUUAAAAUAAAGGAAAUGUCAAGUUCAA